AUGGAUCCUAGCAGGGAGAACCUCCUCAAGCCAGGCGGGCGCUCGUCUUUUGACGGGAGCUCCGAUGGCUACUCCGACAUUGAUGCGACAGACUAUCUCGACAAGAAUCUCGUUCCAUUUCAAGAAGCGCCACCGAUUUAUGUCCCUCCCCGACGAGUGAAGCCUACUGGUCUCUUCCGCCCAUGCCGUGCCUCACCCAAACGAUGCUGCUUGACCGUUGUCGGAGUUGUUCUGGCUAUCUGGAUUGUCAUUUCAGCUCUUGGCGCCUUUGCUUGGAACAAGAUCAAAGCACCACCGACUUUUGGACAGUCGCCGCCAUGGUACCCAAGCCCAAAGGGUGGCUCGUCAAAGAACUGGGAGAAGAGUUACAGCCUGGCCGCCCAGCUCGUUGGAAAGAUGACGUUGGCUGAGAAGGUCAACAUCACCACAGGAACAGGAUGGAGUAUGGGCUUGGCUGUGGGAAACACAGGCGCCGCGGUCCACGCCGGAUUCCCUUCUCUGGCGCUGCAGGAUGGUCCUCUGGGAAUCCGCUUUGCCGACAACGCGACAGCUUGGCCUGCUGGUGUUACUGUUGGAGCUACGUGGAACAGGAAGCUGAUGUAUGAGCGCGGCAAGGCUCAUGCAUUGGAAGCAAAGGGAAAGGGCGUCAAUGUCAUUUUGGGCCCUGCUAUCGGCCCCCUCGGAAAGAUGCCCGCCGGUGGACGCAACUGGGAGGGAUUUGGCCCUGACCCCUACCUGCAAGGCAUUGCCGGCGCACAAACUAUUCGAGGUAUUCAAGACCAAGGCAUCAUGGCCACGAUCAAGCACUUUAUUGGCAAUGAGCAGGAGCAUUUCCGUCAGUCUUGGGAGUGGGGUCUCCCCAACUCCAUGUCGUCCAACAUUGACGACCGGACUCUGCACGAGCUCUACGCUUGGCCAUUUGCGGAUGCCGUAAAGGCUGGAGUCGCAAGUGUUAUGUGCUCGUACAACAUGGUCAACAACUCGUACGCUUGCCAGAACUCGAAGCUGCUUAAUGGAAUCCUCAAGGACGAGAUGGGCUUCCAGGGAUUCGUCAUGUCGGACUGGCUGGCCCAACGAUCUGGCGUGGCGAGCGCCUUGGCUGGGUUGGAUAUGUCGAUGCCUGGAGACGGAUUGAAAUGGCAGGAUGGCGAUUCCCUAUGGGGCCCUCGCCUUACUCAGGCUGUUCUCAAUGGAUCUUUGCCGGUGGAUCGACUGAAUGACAUGGCACUCCGAAUUGUUGCGUCUUUCUAUCAGCUCGGGCAGGACAAGCACGAGAACAAGGGCCCCAACUUCUCGUCGUGGACCUACGACAAGAUGGGGAUCUUGGCCCCUGGGAGCCCUUCGUCUCAGGAAAAGCAAGUGGUAAACCAGUUUGUGAAUGUCCAAGAUAACCACGCCGAACUUGCUCGACAGAUUGCCAUCGAGGGAACUGUCCUGCUCAAGAACGACGGAGUUCUUCCCCUGACUCGCGACGGGGCCUUGAAUAGCACCGAGUCUGACAAGGGACCUGGAAAGAUCAAGAUUGGGAUUUUCGGCGAGGAUGCUGGCCCUGGAAAAGGACCCAACAGCUGCCCCGACCGAGGGUGCAAUGAUGGCACGCUUGGCUCUGGCUGGGGCAGCGGCGCAGCCGAUUUCCCGUUCUUGAUCACUCCGAUUGAGGCUCUACGAAGAGAGUUCAACAAGGACAAGGUUGAGGUGAGCGAGUUCUUGUCGAACAAGCCCAAGGAUGCCAAGAAGGCAACGGAACAGGACGUUUGCUUGGUGUUUGCCAACUCGGACUCGGGUGAGGGAUACCUCGGCUGGAACGGCGUGCACGGCGAUCGAAACGAUCUAUUCCUGCAGAAGGGAGGCGACGCACUCCUCACCGAGGUUGCCAAUCACUGCGGUGGUGGAACUGGCACGACGAUUGUGGUGAUUCAUGCCGUUGGUCCUGUUGUCGUGGAGAAAUGGAUCAACCAUCCGCGAAUCAAGGGACUGUUGGCAGCCAACCUACCCGGCGAGGAGAGCGGGAAUGCCAUCGCAAGUAUCCUUUUUGGCGACGAGAGCCCUAGCGGAAAGCUCCCGUACACCAUUGGGAAGACCCUUGCGGACUACGGCGAAGGUGGCCAGGUGCUGUAUCUGCCCAACGGAGUCGUUCCGCAGCAGGACUUUGGUGAGGGUCUAUACAUUGACUACCGGCACUUCGACAAGCACGACAUCGAACCUCGAUACGAGUUUGGCUUUGGACUUUCGUACACUUCCUUUGAGUACAAGGACCUGAAAGUCAACCGGGAUGUAGCAGUGCCUCACCUCCCAGCGUUGCGACCAUCACAGCCCAGCGCAGAGCCUCCAAAACUGGGCGACAAGAUUCCUGAUGUUAAGGAGGGUCUUUGGCCAAAGGGUAUUCGUAGACUUGAGAAAUGGAUCUAUCCAUACAUCGAGUCAGCGGACGACAUCAAGCUUGGCGACUACCCCUACCCGGACGGCUAUCAUGUCGAGCAGCCUCCCUCACCAGCCGGAGGCGAAGAAGGUGGCAACCCUGAUCUCUGGACACCCGUGGUGACAGUCUCUGUAGUCGUCACUAAUAGCGGCUCUGUCGAUGGCAAGGCGGUGCCGCAGCUCUACCUGUCGUACCCCGACAGUUCCAAGGUUGACCACCCCGUCCGUGUUCUGCGCGGUUUCGACAAGGUGUUUUUGAAGAAGGGAGAGAGUAAGACGGUCGAGUUCAAGCUCACCAGGAGGGACUUGAGUUACUGGGACGUGGCGGAGCAGAACUGGCGGGUGACGGGCGGCGGAGAAUUCACUGUUGCUGUGGGAGAAAGCUCGCGGGAUUUGAAGUUGACGGGGACUUUUUCUGUCGAAGAGUCAUCUUAG